CAAAGAAAACAUUACGCGUCGAAAACAAAUAAACCAGCUUUUGUUGUAUCUUGAAAACCGUUUCUUCAUUCAUUCAUCGACGACAUCACCGACGACGAAACUAGGGGUCUGAUUAGUAACUCAACCUUUCUCAAGAUAAUUUUGCCAUACAGCAGUAUAACAUUUAAAAUGAGUGCAAGUGUUGACGCACCACAGCCAAAGUCAAUCAGGAGGCCUAAGACGUGGUCAGAUGAGGUGGAAGAGGCCUAUAGAUUUCAACUUGCCGGCUAUAGAGAUGAAACUGAAUACUUAUCUACUCAGAGAGAAAUUACUAGGUGGCCGCAUAAUGGUUACAUUAAGAAGCUGACACGUAAAGAUGGGUAUUUCUACUACUACAACAAAACGAGGGAGUGCGAAGAGAAAGAUGUUCAUAAAACAAAAUUAUAUGAAUACUAAGCAUGGACUUACUGUUAUUUCAUAUCUGUGAUUACUUUCGAUAUUGGUUAUUGAUUUAUCUAUUUUAUUGCUGGAUAAUACAAAAAAAGAACACUAUUUGGAAUUAAGCCUAAUAACCACAAACUCACCACAGUCAAAACAUUACUGAAUUGGCUGCUGCCAAGUUAGCAAAGAAGUCAUAAAAAAUAUGUUACACUGAAUGAGGAAGGAUCUGCUUGUGUGGACACAUAGUUUACUUUCUUUUAAUUCAACAGGACUUUCUCUGAUCUGAUGCUGUGGUUUGUGAAUCUCAAUAAAACCCUUCUGGUAUUACAGAAUUAUGCAUUCACAUAGACUUAACCAUGGUAAGAGCAAAAGUGUGUGGUACUGUAUCCUCAGUUAUAAUAACCUAUUGAAUCUACCAGGUGCCCAGUGUUGUAUAGUAAUUUCAUACUCAACUUUAUUUUUAAAAUCGUUUAAGGUCAUUAUUAUAGGUUAAUACUGUACAUAAAAGUUGUAAAUACCAAGGAUAAUGCAAUGUUGUUUUUGUUUAGAUGCCUAAAAAUACCUUAAUAUUGAUUUCUCUUAUCUUAAUAAAUUAAAAAAAUUGUUUCCAUACAUUUUUCCUGGUUUUUAU